AUGUCGCCGGAUGCUGUUAAACCCCGCCGUACGCUUGCGGGUCCGAUCUUCCGCGUUCGGACGGGCUGCUUAACCUGUCGCGGUCGGAAGAAGAAAUGUGACGAGACGAAGCCGCGUUGCCGCGGCUGUGAGCGAAAUAAGCUGGAAUGUCAAUGGCCGUUGACGGGGUCCAGUAGUGGCGCGUCGCGUUCAGCUCGCGAGCCCUCGGUCUCACAAGACAAAGCAUCUCACACCGCCAGACAACCCGCGGCUCGUUCAACGGCGUCUCCGGAAAGCUCGACCGGAGCAUCACAGAGUCCGCAAGCCGUUCGAGACUCCUCGCUUGGCCUCGAGCCGUUCAACUUUGCAUCGCAGCCCACAUCAUCCGAGUCCCCCGCUGCUACCACGAUUGCCUCGAGUCCGGGACCAAGCUCUCAGCCAACUAGAACCAUUCCUGCGCCCCCCGUCACAGUAACCCCAAUCACCGCGGCCGCGGGUCAUCAUAUUCAAGAUGCAGGGGUCUCUUACCAGUUCGAUACAUCAGAUGACGCAUCAAUCGCAGGCUUGGUAUGCAACGAGCCACUGUCCUUCUCAACGAUUGAGGGCGAUGACCUCGACGACGAUGAGACGGCCGAUCAGAUGUUGUGCUCACCACUCCGGAGAGCCUCGGAUGCGAGCAGUUUCAUGAGCAGGGGGAUGAGUCUGCUCGGCGGGAACCACGACGAGAACGCCCUGGAGCUGCUGAGCCAUUACCUGAGCGCGACGACAAUAAGUAUGGCCAACGGAUCAACGUUGGAAAACCCCUUUUCCGUGCAACUGAUACCGCUGGCCUUCGGCAGCGACCUUGUGCUUCAACUGCUCCUCACCCAGAGUGCCGUCCACAGGGCUGCCAAAUCUUUGGUUUCCGCAGACAGGGUCGCCACAAAAUAUUAUAACCAGUCACUGCGACUCUUCCAGCACAACAUCUCCACGUUCAUGGGCGGGCAAAACGGCGAAGAAACGUUGAUAUUAGGUAUCGGAGCUUUGAUUCUAUGCCUUGUCGAGACGGCCAAGGGCGAUGUGAACGGCACUAUUCUCGACCACCUGAUGGCAGCGCAAUCUCUCAUCCUCCCUUUCUUGUCAGCAAACAGUACGCUUCUCCACAAGUCGCUCAAAGACUUUCUGACCGAAUACUAUCUUUACACGGCAACGGUCAGCAUGAUAUCCAUUGACGCGCGUCUAAGCGACCAACUCUUCCUUAGUAACGACCUGUUGCUUCUUGCGACAGAGCUCGUUGCGUCCUCGUACAUUGGUAGCCUAACUGGCUGCUGGCUAGACCUGAUACUCCUGAUCCCAUCCGUCUUCGAUAUGGGCCGGCGCAUGAUGGGUCAUGCGGGAAACUCCGACUGGCAGCCCUCGGCCGACGACUUUAUCCUCUUUGCUCAGCUCCUGGGCCAGAUACAGAACUGGCAGCCCAACCCGACAGUAAGCGAAAACGUAGCCCUGGCGGGGUACAUAUACCAGAAGGCUAUUCUCUUAUACCUUCACACGGCAUUACACCCUCUUUCUCAACACAAUGACAGUCUGCAUUCGGUGGCCGUACAGUCCGCCCUCAGCGGGGCUCUAUCGCACCUCGCGCAACUGGACCCGAGCGUCCGCAUCAACACAAGCCUAUGCUGGCCCAUCACCAUCAUCGGCUCUUGCGUAACGGACAAGGGGCAGCAAGCGUUCCUGCAUGAGAGGCUGGGCCAUAUGUUUGCGACCAUUGGCCUGGGUAACAUUCGCCAGACCUCUGUGCUGCUGCAGCACGUCUGGGACCACAAUGAAGUGACACCGGCGGACGUCGGCGCAGGGCCGUGGAACGUCUGUCGUGUGAUGAACGAGAAACAAGUAUGGAUAUCCUUUGCAUGA